CGCAGUUCCUUACAGAUGCAAAAGCUGCUGUGCUGUAGCAAGGUCUGCGUUGUUCUUCCACGUUUCGUUUUUUUCUGGUUGAAACCUAGUUUUCUCGGUCCUCCUUCCUACGCACGUGAACCCUGAGGGUCACUACGGUUGAUAAAAUCGCCGCUCCGACCCUCCUAACGCGAGAGAGAGGGAAAAUGAGAAAGAAACAUUGAUGUGAAAGAGAAACUUCGAUAGGCUGACUCCUAUAUCCACCUCAGCUGGAGAUCUUACCCACAGCCUACGAGCUCAUUGUUCCCGACUCUCCUGGGACAAAGGACAGGAGAGAGUGACCUUUUCAGCAUUUCCUCAUCCUUCUGCCAUGAGCGUGCUGGGUGCAGAUGAAGGGGCGGUACAGAUGCUUUUGAAGGUACAUCCUCAAAAUGCAGAUAUGACCCCUCAGCAUAUCAUCACCAGAGAAAAGAACUCUAAGCGGGACGAGGAUGCCAUGGCUGCUGCUCAGGGAUUGUUGACCUUCAGGGACGUGUUAGUAGAUUUCUCUCAGGAGGAGUGGGAAUGUCUGGACCCAGGUCAGCGGGAAUUGUACGUGGAUGUGAUGUUGGAGAACUACAGGACCCUGGUCUCCCUGGGCCUUGUUGUCUCUAAGCCAGACCUGGUCACCUUUUUGGAGCAAAUGAAGGAGCACUGGGAUAUGCAGAGAAAAAAGUUAAUUUUCACCCACCCAGCUAUGUCAUCUGAAGACAACCAGGCCUUGUUGACAAACCCAGGGAUGGAAGAUUUAUGUUCUAAAAUCAUGCUGGGUACAUAUAAUGAAGACAGAAGUUAUCAGUGUAAUGAACGUUGGAAAAAUUUUGACAAGUCAAAUCUUAAUACACAUCAGAAUACUGAGCUUCCAGAGACCCAAAAUCAAGGCAGAAAAGUCGUUGUCCAUAUGUCAAGUCACAAUACACAUCAGGUUAUUCCUAUUGUGGAGAAGACAGACAAACAAAGUAAAUGUGUCCAAUCUUUUAAGCAAUCUUCAAAUCUCGGUGAAAAAGGGAAUAUUCAUACAAGGGAGGACGGUUACAAAUGUGUACCGUGUGGCAAAAUCUUCAGUCAAAUAUUCAGUGGAAAUAGACUUAAGGUAAUCCGUACAGGAGAAAAACGUUAUAAAUGUAAAAUAUGUGGUAAAGCAUUUAAUUGCCCCUCAGCUCUUAGUGCACAUCAGAUAAUUCAUAUUGGAGAGAAGUUCUACGAAUGUAAAGCAUGUGGCAAAUCCUUUAAAUGGAAUUCAUGUCUUAUUGAACAUGAGAGAAGAAUGCAUACUGGUGAGAAACCUUACAAAUGCGGAGAAUGUGGUGAAGACUUUAGCCAGUCCUCAUACCUUACUAAACACCAGAAGAUUCAUACUGGAGGGAAGCCUUAUCAAUGUAGAGAAUGUGGUAAAACUUUUAGUCAGUCCUCUUACCUUACUAAACACCAGAAGGUGCAUACUAGAGGAAAGCCGUAUCAAUGUAGAGAAUGUGGCAAAGCCUAUAGGCAAUUCUCACAUCUUACUUAUCAUCAGAUGAUUCAUACUGGAGAGAAGUCAUAUAAAUGUAGAGAAUGUGGCAAAGCCUUCAGCAAGUCCUCAAAGCUUACUUAUCAUCAGAGAAUUCAUACUAGUGAGAAGCCUUAUAAAUGUAUAGAUUGUGGUAAAGUCUUCGGUCAUUCCUCAGACCUUACUAAACAUCAGAAAAUUCAUACUGGAGAGAAGCCUUAUCAAUGUACAGAAUGUGGCAAAGCCUUUAGGCAGUCUAUUCACCUUACUGAACAUCUGAAAAUUCAUACUGGAGAGAAGCCUUAUCAAUGUACAGAAUGUGGUAAAGCCUUUAGCCGGUCUUCAUACCUUACUCAACAUCAGAAAAUUCAUACUGGAGAGAAGCCGUAUCAAUGUAGAGAAUGUGGUAAAGCUUUUAGCCAGUCCUCAUAUCUUACUAAACAUCAGAAAAUUCAUACUGGGGAAAAGCCUUAUAAAUGUACAGAAUGUGGCAAAGCCUUUAGGCAGUUCUCACACCUUACUUAUCAUCAGAUAAUCCACACUGGAGAGAAGUCUUAUAAAUGUAAAGAAUGUGGUAAAGCCUUUAUCCGGUAUUCAUACCUUACUGAACAUCAGAAGAUUCAUACUGGAGAGAAGCCUUACAAAUGUAGAGAAUGUGGUAAAGCCUUUAGCAAGUCCUCAAAGCUUAAUCGACAUCAGAAAACUCAUAUCGGAUAGAGGUCUUAUGAAUAUAGAGAAUAUUGUAAAGCUGUUGGUCUUAAACUUGUUACUGAUCAUAGGAGAAAUUAUCCUGUAUAAAGCGUUCUGUAUG